AUGUCGAUCAGUUACGCAUGGUUUGGAGCCGUGUUAGGAUACGUUGUACAGACGAAAUGUCUUUCCAUUAUACAAUCGAAAUUGUUAGUACGAAGUUUAGCCAAGAUGAGUUAUCAAAAUUCAAAGAAUCCUCCAUCUCGUGAAGAAACAAGCUACAUCCUCACAAUAUAUUUGACUUUUAUUUAUUGUGUAUCAUUUUUGUUUGUUUUACCUUUGUCUCAAUUUAUUUGUGAUAGAAUAUCUGCUAUACGGAUGGAAUCCACUAUUUCUUCAACUUCUUCUUCUAAUGAUGAUAUUGAAACUGCCUUUGGUUCUCACAGUAUUGACGACGUGGAUCGUUGUAAUGAUGAUAAUAAUGAUAAUAAUAAUAAUAAUACUGAUAGUACUACUACGAAUAACAAUAGCGCUAUGGACAUAGAAGAUUCUGCAUUUGAAAUGAAUUUAUUAAAUGAUGCUUCUAUGCCUCCUCCACGCAAUAUAGUUAUUGCACAUAAUAUGACACGUAGAAAUGAUCAUAAUACGGUAACGUAUUUAGGAAAACUUAUAGUAUUAGCAUUUUGCCUCAUUGUACCAAUCUUCACUUAUAACUACGCAUUAUCGUUAUCCCCAGCGUUUGAUGUUUCUUUGAUACAAAAUACAGCUGUAUUUGAAAUAGUUUCCUUGUUGCUGGGUGUUUGUAACAUUUCACGUAAACAAAGUCUCUUUAAGAAUUUUUUGGUGAUGAUGAGUGCAUUAAUUGGAAUUUUAAUCGUGUCAUAUACUAAAGCUACAUGUGAUUUAUUAUCAGGAAAACUCUCCAUCAAUAAACAUACAGGCGAAGUUGCCGAUCCAUUCUUAUUUGAUAGAUUAAAGGCAGGUUUAAUUUGUGGUCUUGGUUCAUUGUUAUUAGGUCCAUUUGCUGUAUUAUGGCAUCGUUGGUUUGGUUUGACUAAUACACAUUCUCUAAUGGGGAAACCAUGUAUAGAGAAGUAUUUGUUCAGACAAAGUACUCACGUGUCUUUAAUUGGUACCAUAUGUAUCUUUAUGCUUCUACCAUUCAUUCCAAAUUUAGCUAAUUCAUUCCAAAUCAUCUCAUACCUAUAUAUGGAUAAAUUCUUUUGGGUGACAAUUAUGGGAUCUAUCUUGUUUGGUACAUUACCAAACUUAUUCUCAAUCAUUAUCCUAACAAAUGAAUACUCACCAGAGUUUAUCACAACUUGUAACUUGGGUGCAAUCGUGUUUAUGGGAUUAGCCGAUUGGAUUACAGAACCGGGACAAACCACUGUCAUACAAUGGGAAGUCAUCGGAUACAUGGUUCUUGCAUCAAGUUGUAUCUAUUUAUCCAUCUCCCUCAAAUGA